AUGGCGAAGAACCAGCGAAGCUGUGGCGUUCAGGGCUCCAGUUCUUCGGUGCUGGUGGGCGGCUGCGAGAGGUUGCGGACGGUCUGCCUGUAUUUCCUCUUCACCACUUGGCUGUCUGUCGGCUGGGUGGGCCGAGCCCGGAGGACCGAGAACCGCUUCGACGAUGCCCAGGCGACGCAGGCCAAUGAUGCCUUGCUGAAUUGUGAGCAGGUGCGCCUGCUGGCCGCCCAGCAGCGGGUCUUCCGCCGCUUCGGCCGUUUCUGGGGCGCGCUGCAACGAGGCCAGCAGUCUUCUGAUGUUGCGGCCACGGUCUUGGCCACCGGCCAGCAGGCCAUCACCGCCAUCGGUCUCGGCGUGGCGCUGAUGCUGGUGGCGCGCCGGGUCUGUGGUGGCACGGCCUCGGUUGGCGAUCUUCCCAUGGUCCAAGGUUUGGUGUCCCAACUCUGGGCACCGCUACAGUUCUUGGGCUUCUACAUCCGGCAGGCGCGACAGGCCCUCGUCGAUUUGGAAGAUGCCAGGACGUUGCUCAACCGCCCCACCUCCGAGUUGGAGGCUGCUGAGUCUCUGGAGCGGAGGCAGCUGGAUGCGGACUCUGCGGCCAAGGUGCUGACGAACCUACCUGCGGCGGCUCCAGGCUGCCCGCUGGUGGAGUUCCGCGACGUGUGGUUCCGCUAUGACAGCCAUCUGCCUUGGACUCUACAGGGCUUGUCUUUCUGCAUCCAGCCGGGCGAGUUCUUCGCGAUCGUGGGCCCUUCUGGCAGUGGGAAGAGUUCCUUGGGCCGUCUCGUCCCACGGCUCUUCGACACCUGUAAAGGCAGCGUCCUCUUCAAUGGUGUGGAUGUCCGUCACCUCCAACUCUCUGAGCUGCGGGGUCGACUUGCUGUUGUCCCCCAGGCGAGUGCAAUUCUGGCGCUUAAGCACAAGGACUGUGGGAAGUUGUUCAGCCAAAAGGUUUGGACCCUGUCAAGCCUCCCUGAAGCCCUGAAGCAAGAGCACUAA